AUGUACAAUCCCUACCAACAACCUCCUGGUCUAUAUGGCCGAGCCCCCGAAUAUGGCGCAUACCCUUCUGCACCCCCGGGAAUGGCACCACCUCCAGGCAUGGCCGCGCCCGGUACUGGUGCCCCUCCAGGUAUGCAACAAUCGAAUGUCCAACAACCUGGUCGCCCCGGAGGCUUCCCGGCCAAUUUCCAACCGCCCCCGAACAUGCCGAACAUCAACUUCUCCGCACCAGUCAUUCGUUUAGGUACCUCGGGUCCCGCAAAGCCUACAGCGCCAGAGUCUGGUCGUGAGCGUGGACCUGAGGGUCCAGGUCGGCGCGCAGGUCUCGGAUCGACAAGUAAUGACAACCCGCGCCACCAUGGCCGCGACUCCAUGAUGCAGCUCCAGCCGCCGACCCGGGAUGAAAUUGUGCGCACAUUGUUUGUCGGAGGCAUUACGGAGGGUGUUGGUGGUGAUGAUGGUAUUGAACGAAUUCUUCAAUCGGCGGGUAAGCUGCGCCGUUGGAUCCGUGCCACGGAUGCCGAUGAAAAGCCCUGUCGCUUUGGUUUCGCCGAAUUCGAGGAUCCCGAUAGCCUGGAGAUUGCUGUGGAGGUAUUGAAGGACAUUGAAGUUCCUGUGAAGCGCCAGGAUCCUAGCACUGGCGAUGACAAGGAGGAGAAGGAGGUUGAAAAGAGCACCCUCUUGGUCGUUGUUGAUGAGAGUACUAUGACCUAUCUAGAGCAGUUCGUUGCUAGCCGUGGUGAGCGGGACCCCCAGGAACUUCAGAAGCGCCUCGAUACUGCACGCAGCGACCUGAAGAAUGUCUUGUCCGGCCUCUUCCACCCGGCUACUCCGACCCAAAAGGAAGACAUCUCGACUCUCGACAGGGAAGGUGACAGCGAAAUGAAAGACGCCGAAGGUCCCAAGGAUGGCGAGGUCAUGAACUGGCUGAUAUCCCCCCCCGAGAUGCGCGAAAAUGUCGCCAAGGAGAUUGCAGCCUUCCGCGAGCGAAGCAAUCGUCGUGAUAUUGAACGAUUGAAGCGCGAGGAAGAAAUCGAGGCAAUGGAGCGUGCCCGGAACUCGGGCUCGCGGCACAGUCGUCUCGCUUCUCCUCCAGCCUCGGCUCCUAGUGGUCCUGCUGGUGGCGCAAAUGGUAUCCCCCUGGGUGCACGUGAGCGCGGAAUGCCCAACGCCCCAGCAGGCCCGAAGGGAUUCGGCGUACAGAUUCCGAAGGAUUACCAGAAGGGUGUCUCGUUUGUUAACGGCGGCAUGAACGGAGGCGGAGCCUAUAAUGAUCGAGAGGACGAGGACACCGACGCCAGUGACGAGGAGCUUGAGCGUCGUCGUCAAGAUAAGCGCAAGGCUGAGCAAGAGAAGCAAUUCCUCGAUCAGGAGCGCCGCUGGCUCAACCGCGAGCGAAGUCGCACGGCCGCUUUGGAGCGCGAAACGAAGCGAGACAAAGAGGAAGACGGCAAGCUCCAGGCUCUUCAUGACGAGGCAGAUGAGAGGCUUAAGGAGUGGAAUGACGAUACGGAGGCCAUCCGCAAGGCCACUGAAUAUUACGCAGAUCGCGGCGCGUGGCUUCGUAGUCGGGCUGCGUUCCGUGCUCGUGAGAUUAGCAUCGAUGAAGCUGAUCGAGCUGCGGAGGAGCGCGAACUUGCUCGCUCCGCUCAGCAACAAGAGCAGGCCCGUGGAGCCGCCGACGACUUCCUCGCACGCCAGGCACAGGAGCUCGAGGCCCGCGCCCCGGCCCCUCGCGAAGAGCCUCAACGCUUCAAGCUUUCCCUUGGCGCAGCUGCGCAGAAGGCCCAGGCCGCAACCAGCCGUCGCACAGUUGCCGAAGUCGAGGGCUUGCUGGAAGACGAGGAAGAGCCCGCCAACACUGUUCGCCGUCCUCUUAUUCCCAUCAAGUUCGAUUCCGCUGCCGAGGCUGCUGGUCUGUCGGACGAGGAACGAGCCCAGGCUGCGCGCCAACUUGCUGCAGAAAUCCCGGCCAACAAGGAGGGUCUUUGGAAGUGGGAGGUGAAGUGGGAAUUCGUGGACAAUGCCGUGAUAAGCGACCAGAUCAAGCCUUUCGUGGAGAAAAAGAUCGUCGAAUAUCUUGGCGUGCAGGAGCAAAUGCUGGUAGACGUUGUGGAGGAGCACAUCCGGCAACGCGGAUCUCCACAGGAUCUCGUGGAGCAGUUAGAGGAGGCAUUGGACGAGGAGGCCGAGGUACUUGUGCGCAAACUUUGGCGUAUGAUCAUCUUCUUCUCGGAGAGCGAGAAGCGUGGCUUGUCGGCCUAA